GGGACCGAGAGACUGGCUGUACAAGCAUGCCUUUUAUAUUUACUAGCGAUUGAGGGGAAGAGAGAGAGAGCCAACCGGUGUGCGCGGCUUUCCCAAGAGGAAAUGAAAAGAAAGAAGCUCAGCGAAGGCAGCGAGUGAGUGGGAGAGGGAGCGAGGUGGAGUUGGAGAGAGGGAGGGAGCAUGCUGGCCAGGGAGAGAGAAUCUCACGCUGGCUGUCUCCUAAUCCUAGUUCAUCUCUGAGAAGCAGCGGAGAGAGCAGAGUGUUAGUGAAGUGAGCCAGCGUAGCUUCUUUUCUUCAUCAGCUAGCACCACUUGCGUGCUCUAUCUCGCUCACACACACACACACACACACACACACACCCCACACACUCACACACCCACACGCACCCACACACAUACAAACAUUCUCACACACGCUCACGCACGCUUGUGCCCGGGAUUCUGCGGGGUGUCCGCCUGCCUGUCCACCUGCCUGCCUGCCUGCCUGCCUGCCUGCCUUGCGGGUUCAGGUCUUUUUUGAGCGUGAGGGGAUUGUUGUGCCUUUACCCGGUCCAAACCCCCCCCCCCACCCAGCCAGCCCACCCCAAGUGUGGGAGCAGGGGACCCCGGCCCUUUUGAGUGGUCUGAGAGGAGGAGGGACAGAGGAGGAAGAGGAGAAAGUGUGUGCUGUCAGAGUAGAGGAGUCAACGCUGGAAAUGCCCAUCAGGGGGUCUGAGCCUGUCACAGCCUCUACCAAUCGCAGCCUGCGUUAGAGGUGGCGGCUGCGUAUGAUUGGAGGAUGGCUACCAUGCCAUUCGUCAGUGAUGGAAAGUGUGUGAGCGUGGAGUGGGACUUCCUACAGGGUCUACUGGCCAAACCCCCUACUCUGCCCUGUUUGCAGAACCUGCGGAAAGAGAAGUCUCGCAAUGCCGCGCGUUCCCGUCGCGGUAAGGAGAACUUUGAGUUCUUUGAGCUGGCCAAGAUGCUGCCUCUGCCCGGAGCCAUCACCAGCCAGCUGGACAAGGCCUCGGUCAUUCGCCUCACCAUCAGCUACCUUCACAUGCGCACCUUCGCCAGCCAGGGAGACCCGCCCUGGAGCCCCCUGAUGGAGGGACAGAACCACUGCAGCAAGGUGAGACGAUCCACCCACUCUCUGGCAACUGACAUGUUUGAACUGCACCUGGGAGCUCACCUGCUACAGUCUCUAGAUGGCUUUGUCUUCGUGGUCAGCUCAGAGGGACGCUUUCUCUACAUAUCAGAGACUGUUUCCAUCUACCUGGGCCUCUCACAGGUGGAGUUGACGGGUAGCAGUGUGUUUGACUACAUCCACCCAGCGGACCACGUGGAGAUGGCAGAGCACCUGGGUAUCAAGCCCCACCUGAGGGCCGAGGCCGGCUGCCACGUGGUCCCUGAGAGCGCGUCCAGCACAGCCUCCACGUCCUCCCUGGCCGGGACCCCUGAGCCCGCCCCCUCCAGCCCUCUCGCGCCUGGGGAGGAACCCCCUGACCGAGGCUUCUUCAUCCGUAUGAAGUCCACACUCACCAAACGGGGUCUCCAUGUCAAGUCCUCGGGCUACAAGGUCAGAGUGAUCCAUGUGACCGGGCGAAUCCGCUGUCGUCCGGCCAUGGUGCCAGGCUCCACACGGUCUGUACGUCGGCCUAUGGGCUUAGUGGCCCUGGCGCACACGCUCCCUCCCUCCACGAUGAACGAGGUGCGCAUGGAGAGUCAGAUGUUUGUCUUCCGGGUCAACAUGGACCUGCAAGUCACCUACUGUGAGAACAGGAUCUCAGAAUACAUGGACCUGAGCCCAGCUGAGGUGGUAGGACACACCUGCUACCAUUUCAUCCAUGUAGAAGACCUGGAUAACAUCCGCCAGAGCCAUGAGGACUUGUUGAGGAAGGGCCAGGUUGUGACCGGGUACUAUCGCUGGCUCCAGAGGAGAGGAGGGUAUCUCUGGCUCCAGUCCUGUGCCACCGUCUCCAUCAACCACAAAGCCCCCCAUGAACGCAACGUCAUCUGGGUCAACUAUGUCAUCAGCGGGACAGAGCUCCCAGAUAUUCCCAUGGAUCUGUUGCAGCUUCCAGAGAGUCUGAGGGCCGAGCGUCUGAAAGCCAGCUCCUCCCCCUCUGACCACUCCCCACAGGCCAGGGGCCCACUGUCAAUGAAAAGCUCUGUGAGCAAGUGUGACUCUGACCCCAAAGUUAGAGAGACCUACAACCCUGGCGUCCAAUCAGAGGACAGGAGGAAGCGUCCUCUGCAGUCCAGCUGUGAAGGCGCUCCCCUGGAAACUCGACGUCGCCUUGAAGAGUUCCGCCAGAGGGAGGAGAGCAUGUCAGCCUCCUCAGACCUAGGAAGUGACAGCGAUGGGGAGGAGGAGGAGAGGGAGUGGGAGCAAGGGGGCGACAGUGGGCGGGUCAAACGAGAGGAGGGGCUAUCCAAACGGGGAAGGGCAACUCCUACGAGGAGGGAGACGGGAGGCAGGUUGCACAACGGCCGAGCGAUCAUCCAGCACCUGAAGAGUGUGGUGUCCUCGCCCCUCUCUGGCCCCCCCAGCAUCAAGACUGAACACGAGGCCCUGGUCACAGGCAGCCGCUGGACACACACUCACGCUUCGCACACCCAGCCUCCCCCCUCACACACACACACACCCUCCGGCAGCCUGAACGGCGACAGCCCACCCACGCCUAUUCCGGACUCCUCCUCCAGCAGUGAGGCCCCUCCCAAAGGUCUCUUCACCCCGCCCUCCCCAGCCAUGUCUCCUCCCAUGUCUGGCUCGUCCCCUUUGCCCCAUGAGGACCGGGGCAUGUCUGGUGGCCGUGGGGGCGGGCCUGACUUUGAGCUCCUCCAGAGACUGGCUGCAGGGGGCGCGGCAGGACGGGUGCUGUUCCACCCCCUGGCCCUUGGCCCCCAGGGGCCCCAGAGUCUGUACGCGCCCAGCACCAUCCGCUACGCUCCCCCAGAGAUGCCCCCCACCCACCCCGGCACUGAGGGGCUGCGCUCCGACCACCACAAGGGUCCCCCGGCCUUUUUCCCCCACCUCCAGAGGCUGGCCGGCCUGCCCCCAUUCAGUGGGUUCUCAGACAACCCUUUCAACCCCUUCUGUAUGAACGGACUAAGGGGGGGCGCAGGGUCAGAGGAGGACUGAGAUGAGGAGAGAGACACGGGGGGCAGGACAGUGGCGGGCAGGCCCAGAAACACCAGACGGAAGGACCUCUGUACACAGCUACCAUGGGGAGUUGGGCGAAGUCCAGUGCCAAGGGAUAAGAGAAGGAACAUACUGGUGACUUUGUCCUAGUGGUGUGGGAAGCGUUGUCCUGUUGUCAUAGUGACCCUCUCUCCACCACUGUCCCGAGGACUUACAGAGCUCUUUGAAAGCCAUACUGUACAUAGAGACAAAAACCAUACACACCUUCACUACUUCAUCUUCAGUAUUUUAACCUGACUCACAGACGUCUGAAUGACAAGUAAGAGAAGUAGAACAUUUGUGGGGGGGGUUUUAUUCUCUUGCUUGUGUGAAAUACUGGUUCAUCUCUUACACAGGGUUAAGCAUUACACUAGGAGACAACAGUGGUCUGUCACGGACACCCGAGGUAAUAUCCCAACACAUCCUUGGUGAACCCUGUUGGAGAGGGUUUGAGACAGUGAAGACAGUGAAAGCACAGUCAGGGAGUCCCACGUACAUUCCACGCCAUACUGAAACGGUUCUGUUAUGAUAUCAUCGGGGAAGGAAAAACCGGGAGGCUGAUCACUGGCUAAUGUUGUUAGUCUUGUAAAAACAGAAAAUUGUCUAAUAGAAUGACGUGUUGUGAAAGAUAAAUAUUCUGGGAGUGUGUGUGUGUGUGUGUGUGUGUGAUGAAAGCCAUGUUCUUAUACUAUCAUGUGGCUGCCAUUAUGUGGACAGGGUGUGUAAACUGUUGUCUUACAUGUGGGGUUUUGAAAAUCCCCAAAACCAUCUUUGAAUCCUUCAACAAACAUGUUUGAAAUAAAGGGUUUGGGAAGUUUCAGA